AUCACUUUCACCUCUCUGUGGCUAAAGUCACUGGAUUCUUGUUCUUCAGAGAUUUUUUUUAUUAUUUUUAAAAUUUUUAUACAUAAUUCAUGGCACAGAACAAGCCUUACCGUUACGGGCUCAUCGUCCUGGGGCUGGUGCUGGUGGCACUUGGAGUCUUCUUGGUGGCUGUAGAGGAACCUCAGGUGUUUGUCACUUUCUGUACAAUGGGGGCGUUGAUGGUGAGCAUUGGGACAGUUUGGAGCAUGUGCCAGUGCUAUCCACGGGUAACAUUCAUCCUACCACAACAGGAAAGAUUAGGAAGCAGUGAGAAAGAGGAGCUGUGUGCUGAAGUCAAGGUCCUACAGGUCAGUCACACUCCUGAUGAACCUGUCAGAGCUCCUCUGGUUGUUUUCAGUCAGAUACAGGAUGUUGAAAAGUAUGAAAUUCACUCACUAGCUGAAACAGGACAAUCUCCUGAGAUCACUGGCAUCCACCAGAGCUCUCCCAGCAUGCACCAGGCCUGCUCAAGAGCCUCUCUUCCAGACAACAGGACUGCACAACCUGAUACUGAUCUCUACUACGGCGAGGUGAAAGAUCCAAGCUGCUUAAAAACAGAGCUGGACAGCGAAUAAAAGUCUGAAAUGAAAGACAGGGGUCAUAAAUAUACAGAAUGAGUAGUGCACUGGGUGCAUUACAUCCUGGUUAUAAGACACAAACACACAAGUGACCCCUUUAAUGAACACACAUGCACACAAGCUAAUGUGAUUCAUAUUACCAUGGAAAUAGGAUUAAAGGGAAUGGAGAUAAAGAAGGAAGGAGAGAAAGAGAAUAAUCAGUAAAUAUUUAAAGUUUAAACUCAGGUUAUGAAUAUGGCUUUGAGUCAUAGUCAGCAGCUAUACAAGUGCAGCAUCUGUCAGAGAAGACAAGAAGAAACGAGAAGAGCAAUAAGAUGAAUAAAAGGGUUAAACGUGAAGUGUGCAUGACUAGAAAUGGAAUAGUUGUUAUGAAGCAGGUGUACUUAGAUUAAUAUUCAGAUUCAGUUGCCAUCAAAACAAACAUGACAACCCUGGACAGAAGUCAUGCAGCAGUGCUGUGAAAAUAACCAGACACAGACACUGCUUUAUAAGGGAAACACACAUGCACACAGGGUUUACAAAGCUGGGAUGUUAGUGAAUGAUUUGGGUGCGUUAGGCUGUCAGUGCAAUCCAACUCAUACAAUUUUAAAUAAUUGAAAUAAGAAAACAGCUUGGUGUGAUUUUUUUCCCAACACUGAGUUACUUGGAAGAGCUAGAGCUAUUUUCUAAACUGUGUCAUCUGGCCUACAUUUAAAGUUGUAACGCAAAGUGGUUUCCAAUCAUUUUAAUAAAUUUCCAAUGAUUUUCAUCUCA